AUGAGGCUAAGGAUCGCGGGCCUUUUGUGCUCCAUCUUUGUCAGUCUGGCCAUCGCUGGCAAUGACGGAUGGGAAACCACCACUACAAGUGCGGCUGCCGGUUGGGUGGACUGGUCAACUUCAUAUGUUACAGUCCCGACCACAAUUUAUUCAACCAUCUACUCAACAGAUACCAGCUACAUCACAGUGACCACUACCUCGGUGUCAGUUUCUGUGUCUGUCUCACUACAGAUCCAACCCACGACCAUUGUCGAGUCCACGACCGAGAUUGACACCAGCUACAUUAAAGUGCCGGUGACGGUCCCGACUACUAUCGUGGCUCCUACUACAAUUGCUGUGCCCACCACGGUUGUCGCGCCCACAACCAUCGUCAGCCCAACGACCGUUGUCAGCGAGAGGACAAUCACCAGUAUUAAUCUGAGCACCGUGACAGAUACAGUCACUUCCACCGUCGUUUCUGAUGUCACAACCACUGUCUCGACUUGCUCAUCCACUUUGACUGGCCUGGUCACUUGUACCUCCAGGACCGUCAAUCCUACUUACACUCCCAAGGCUCCUCUUCCGAGCAACUAUCUGUGGGGAUGCCCACCAGGAACCAUCUGCACGCCACCUCAAAUCGGCUGUAACUGGGAGCAGAAUCCUCCCGCAGACACCUACGUCUGCGCUCCGGAGGAAUGCAAACCGGCGCCUCCUCUUCCCGUACCCACUGAUUGGAACUCGUCCUGGCCGACUCCAACCGAGGGCAACUGUGCAUGGUACGAGCCAGUCCAAGGCUACUUCCACCUCGACCCAGAGUUGUUCAAUCUCACCUUUGCCAUCUUUGAUAUCUACGGCCAACCAGUUUGCCCGACCCCAACGCCGACACCCAGUGGCUGGCAAGACUGGAACGACUGGCCCAAGCAGACAGCAACAUCUACGCCAAAAUUCCCACGACGAGGCAGCAAGAACAUCAUCGCCGAGAUUGCCAGCCGCCAGGCCCUUGGAGUUGCCCCGUCAGCAUGCUAUGGCGUCUUCGACAACACUCAAGCUGUUGCUCAAGGUAUCGGCUACGUGUAUAAUCCUCUUUGCCCACCAACGACAGACUUUAUGCAGGGUGUCAGCGCCUGCCGAGCCUGCUCUUCAGCCAACGGUGGUUCCUCCUCGACCACGGAUGACUUCCCCAAGCUUCAGAAUUAUUUCGAAUGGUGUCAGAAUCACGCUCCAUAA